CAGACACCAGCCAUCGAUUUCGUCGUACGUUGACGCAUUUUUUGACCCAGCAUUGUUACGCACCCGUCCCGAUGAGCUCCGCGUUGACUGGUCUGCAGCAGCUUCUAGCUGACAAGAAGCGCGUCGUCGUAUUGGAUGGAGGCUUUGCCACCGAAUUAGAGAAGGACCCGCGGGUGGAUUUGAGCGCUAGUAGCCUCUGGUCCGCCUCGCUGUUAUUGGACAAGAACGAGCACCUUCAAGACGUGGUUGUCAAUGCACACCAGACUUAUUUCCUGGCAGGUGCCGAUGUGGCCACCACCGCCAGUUAUCAGGCUUCAGUCGACGGCUUCAAGCGUGAGGGCGUGACAGCCAUCGAGGACGUCGAGAAGCUCUUCGCUAAGAGCAUCGAUCUCGGCGUACAAGCGCGUGACGCGGCCUGGAACGAGCUGCAACAGAGCAAACGCAUUAAACCCCUCGUAGGCGCCAGCAUCGGCUGCUACGGUGCGGCGUUGGCUGACGGAUCGGAAUACCGCGGUGACUAUGGCAAGACCAAGGACGAGCUGGUGGCUUGGCAUAAGCACCGCUUUGCCUUCUUCACCAACUACGCACCUGCUGAUUUCUUGAUCUGUGAGACCAUUCCCUGUCUCGUGGAGGUGGAGGCCUUCGUGGACCUGCUCAACGAGUUCCCGACCACACACGCCAUCGUGGCCGUGGCCUGCCGCAACGGCAAGGAACUCAACAGCGGCGAGCCGAUCGCUCGCAUCCCGGAGAUCCUGUCCAAGCUCAAGAACCCCUCGCAGCUGUUGGCUAUUGGUAUUAACUGUACGCCACCGCAGUACGUCGAGAGUCUGCUGCUCGAGCUGGAUUGCGCUUGGCCCAAGGCCGUGUACCCCAAUAGUGGCGAAGGCUGGGAUGGAGUGAACAAGAAGUGGCUUCCGGCUGAUAGUACUGGUGGUCCCAGCUCCUGGGAGGAGUACUCUCCCAAGUGGUACGACGCUGGAGCGCGCUUCUUCGGUGGCUGCUGCCGUACGUCCCCCGACGACAUUCGCGCUAUUCGCGAGUACUUUGCCCGCCGCCAGCUGCUGUAACUUGCCGGUCCGACGCUCGAAAUCUACCACUUGCUAUGUAACUAGUCACAGAGUUCUUUAGAGACUGACGCAAGUGCUGGUGAGACCGCCGGGUUCGAGCUUUCGAGAUACAGACGCUGUCGCUCAUGAUUACGAAGAUAGCGCAGUGCAAUGCGAACGUUCGCGCAACAACGCUUAAACGCUUCGUCACUUGUCAGUUGCUGUGCAUUAGAGACGUCGCAGUGAGAAAUAAAGCUCUCGACAUGUCUUCGCAGUUCCCUCAAUUGUUUCUUUUCGUGCCCGCUGCAGCGUCGAGUUGAAUGGUAAUCGGGGCUUACGUCGAUAUUGUUUGACUCCACUUUAAUGC